AUGGAGUGCGCCGCGGGCGUGGGGCUCGCGCCGGACCCGUGCGGCUGCUGCGCGGACGGCGUCUGCGGGCUGCCGGAGGGCAGUCGCUGCUACAACGCCUCCAGCGACGCCGUCGACGACCUGGCCCUCCGGGCCCUGGGCGUGUGCGGCGACAACAUGGACUGCAUCAAGCGCACCGACCUCCGCGAAGAGGACAAGCCCGAGGCGCUGUGCGUGUGCCGCGACCCCGGCCAGGUCUGCGGCUCCGACAACACGACCUACGCCUCCACGUGCCUCAUGAAGUCGGCGCGGCCGGCCAGCGCGGACGAGGCGCCCGUCAAGGUGUGGCUCAAGCACCGAGGCCCCUGCCGGUCAGCGCCGUGGAUCGUGACGGCGCCGACGUCAGUGAGCUACGUCGCCGGCUCCCCCGUGUCCCUGGAGUGCGAGGUGAAAGGCUAUCCGGGCCCCACGGCCUCCUGGGAGCGCAUCAAGGACGGCAUCGCCACCCCGCUACCCGGCGACGACGCCUCCCUCGUGGUGAUGCUGCGCGGCGGCCCCGAGCCCUUCAUGGCCACGACCUGGCUGCAGAUCAUGACGCUGCGCGAGGCCGACGUCGGCACCUACAUCUGCGUGGCCACCAACAGCGAGGGCGUCGCCAGGGUCGGCACCAACGUCGCCAUCGCCGCCGAGGAGGACGUCGUGCGCCCCUAGGCCGCCGACACCUGACUUUGAUGCCAGAGCUUCGUGUUGAUAACAAACGUACAAAUAGCAUUUAGGUUUCGGCGUCCGCCCGCGACGUGCUUCACUAGUUAGGCCCUUGACGCGUCGUCCUCGGCGUGAACAUCACUCUCGAGGAGAAGUGGAAUCGUCACGGAGAGGUGGCCGAUGCACCGUGAGCGAGCGGCAGGUGACGGAUUUCCAUCACGGGUUUGAGCGCAUGAGGUCACACGCGACUUGAAAAAGCAUACGAUGAGCUAUUCGUGACGAUUCUGUUUUCCUUGAGAUGCUGACUGGAAAAGAGGAGAGUUGAUCUUGCGGGGGUCUGUUGACCUGCUGCGGGAGGGAAGCCCUAGGGAAGCCCCAGACCGGCUCCUGUCUCUUAGCACGACGCGGACUUAUGCACGCCGUUUGGCCGAAUUGAUGACUUAUUUAUUUUACUUUUCUGUGAUAGAGAGCAACGUCUGCUUUGGGUAUGUAAACGUGGACAUAAUUGUAGAAAACUUUAUUUUUUAAUGUAGAACUAACAGUUAUUGCUCUUGAUAGUAUACUCUCACACUAAACAUGAUUUAUUUACCUUAAGCCUCCUGUGUAAAAUUAAUGUACAUGCUAAUGUUGUAAUAAAAACGUAACUCUA